AUGGCCUCCGGUUUUAAUUUAAUGCUCCCUUUUACGGCGGAAACUGUUGAAAUGGCUGUUACACUAUUUUACCAGAACUCUAACAACAGCAGCCUAAUUAAUGAGAUGAAUCCCUGGCUGACAAGGGCCCAGACUUCGAUGGAGGCCUGGUCCUUCUGCUGGCCGCUCAUGCAACUAGAUAAAAGAAAAGAUAUAUUUAUGAUCAUUUGUCCUAAUUUUAGGCAUGAAAUUCCAGAAGGACACAUCGAUCAGUUGAAAAGCAGUUUGAAGUGCCAGCUUCUAAAUCUAACGUCCAAUUGGAUGCGAGUGGGCGUCAACAUCGGUGACCAGCGCUACGUGCCAUUGGUCGAAUUAAUAUUCAACCAGAUACAUGACGCCGCCUACAUCAAGAUUGCCUCUGAAGCCCUUGUUAAUUUAUUCAAGUGUGUCGCCAAUCACAAGUACCCACGGACAAUGAUCUACUACCUGGAGAGAGUGGUGGGUCUGGAGGAGCUGUUCAACAAGAUAUAUGGCGACUCUGACGACGAUCUCAGUUUAGCCAUCUUCGUGUCGGCGGGGGAGUGCAACCUCGCCAUCCUGGUCAAUGGCUUCUCGGGCCACGACCACAUAAAAACCAUCUGCUGCAAACUUCUCGGCCUCAUAGUAAGAUGUGUGGCCGUCAAGGGCUACUUUCCAGUGGACGAGAUGUCCAGUGACCUAACCUUUGGAUUCUGGUAUAACCUGCAGGAUGAGAUAAUGAAAGGAAUAAUGAAUUCGGAAGUGAAGAUGAUCUUCAAGACCAUCUACCUUGACCUUUUCCAGGUCAUGUGCAAGAAGGUCACCUACCCUCCCUACAAAAUAUUCGAAAGUUGGAGUGAAGAUGACAAAGAAGGCUUUAGAUGCUACAGACAGGAUAUAUCUGAUGCUGCAGCUUACUUCAUGCCAUUUCUGGAGCAAUCAAUGCUGCUGGUGCUGAACGGCUUAUUGGAGGGGGCCAUCAGCAGACACGAGUCACGUGGGGAGGGUGGUGGCCCGCCCUGGGAGGAGUUCGAGGCGAUCAUAUACAUGCUGACGUCAAUAACUGAGGGGGGCUUGAUGGAUGAGAGUUGCUUGCUGAACUUCAUCUUCCGUUCCUUACCCAGAAUUCCAUGCACACACGAGGUCCUCAUCACUCAAGUCAUCUGCGCCGAGUUGAUGGAUGAGGAUGUGGAGAUGUUCACAUUCAGCAUCCAGUUCAUCUUAAGAGGGAUCUGUGACCAUAAACUUUCGUCCUCUGCCACCAUGGCCCUCAAGGACAUCUUCUCCACCAACCGCAGACACGUCAAAUUAGUGGCCCGCGAAGUUGUGUUGGAAAGCAACAAACUCCAGAUCGGUGACCAGGUGAGACUGAUGUGCAUCUUAGGUUACGUUCUGUCGGACAUGACCACCCAGCAAUCUCUGGACAUCAUCAACGUCAUCGUCACGCCUCACGUGAUCACCCUCCAUCAGUUGACGUCAUCGGUUACGUCAUCAUCGUCGAGUCACAUAGCAGCUGAAAUGCAAAGUCUCACUGUGGAUAAGCUGAAGAUGCUCUCCGGUUUCUUCUCAUCCUUCGCGUCGUCAUCAUCAUCAUCAUCAUCAUCAUCUGCGCCAUCAUCAUCAGUACCGGAAGACGAUAGCAUCAAUAGCAGCAACAAUAGCAAUAAUAAUAACAAUAAUAAUAAUGAUAAUAAUAAUAACAACAAUAAUAAUAAUAAUAAUGAUGAUGAUGACCAAGAUGCUUGUGAUAGAACUCUGAUAUUGGUGAUGACAAGAGAGUUGAUGCCGCUAAUAAAGCAGAUGAUGCAAGCUUUCGUUCACGAUGAGAGUAUCAUAAGCAUCAUGAUAAUCUUUGCGAAUGACUCCGCCCACAAACUAGUCCUCCAAUCAUUGUUCACCAGUAUUUGCAACAAAACCCUCAGUAGUAUCAACUCAGAUCCAAAGUUACAGACAGAUAUAAUAGAAGCUUUCAUGUCAUUUCUAUCCCAAAUGGUGAAGAAGAACGUAGGGUUAUUGAAGGGGGCCCGGUACGACAUGAACGGGUUGGUGGGCGUGGCAAUCUUGGGUAUGGCCAUGCACGAGCAAGGCACCUGCAAGUCGUCAUGCACCUUCCUGGGCAUUGGGGGCGAACUGCCACGGCAGAAUUUGAAUCCGCUGGCCGAUGUUCUGCACGCUUUCAACAUCAAGUUCUUCGACCUGAACUGUCGCUUGCUAAACGAGGUUGUCAACCAAGAUGGCUUCCCACACAGCCGGGCCACACGUCCCGAGAAGGAGCAGUUUGCUAAAAUUAUCGUCACUUCCCAAAAAAGCAAGCGAAAGUUGAAGGACUCCAUAACGGAAUACUCCAUGUUAUGGCGCGGCAUCAUUGGCACGGAGUACGCGAUGCAAACCUCUCUUACCACCCAAACAUUCUCCAGCUAA